AUGCAGCACGAUGGGCAAGAAUGUACUCUCCAUCCGUACGGCGCAGAAUUAGGCAAAACGUGGGAAUACGGAGUUUGGAUACCACAUGAGUUGUCACCACAUCAGCUGCAACACACAGUUGACUCUUGCAUGGAAUUAAUGACAUCCCAUCGCAACUACGAAUGGCUCCGCAAUCUUAUUACUGGUGAUGAGAAGUGGGUGUUGUACAUAACCUACACGCACAGACGCCAGUGGGUUAGUGCUGGUCAGACAAGCGUAGCAAUGCCUAAGGCUAAUCUACAUCCCAAGAAGGUGAUGCUGAGCGUUUGA